AUGAAUUUCCAUUUCAGCACUAAACGUUUGGUCAUUGGUGUCUUCCUCAUCGCUAUCAUUUUACUUAUCGCCGCCAUAAUAAUCAUUAUCCUAUUCCUGACAGGAGUGAUUUCUAUGGCAAGAGAACCUUAUAUCAUGGACAUAACCACAGCGACAUUGCCACCAGUGGUAUAUCCGCCUUCACCGUCGAUUCCAAUUACUCAGACUCCAAUUCUACCUCCAGUUGUCGCUAUACCGAAUUACACGUAUGCGGGAACUUUUCUCUUACUACGACAAGCAAAUCCAGCCUACGACACGAAAACUUCCGAAGUCUUCCGUUCAGCAUUCACUAUGAUUCAGUCAGCUCUGACAGCAACGGUGGCUCAUUCUUCACUACAAUCUUACAAUCCAUUCGUUGCACUGAACGACAUACAGAACAGAGGAGCCGACUUACUCGUAAGCUUCCGAUUAGAACUGCAAUCUCGAGCUCCUCUCGACACACGAGCGAUUCAGAACACUUUGCGUGGUGAACGAACGAAUAUCGAAGCGGAGUUGGGUUUAAACGCGUCAAUCGAUCCGCAAAGCAUUACUGUAACACAGACCUUCAAGUGA